CACUGCGUGAAAUGUCAAAUUAUGGAAGUACAGCAUAUGCUCGGCAUUUGCCUAUGCCGACCAUAUGCUGUCUAUAUGCUACCUGGGUGCUACAUCCUCCCGCAUCUCUUCAGCAUCCUCGCAUGCCUCUCAUAUGCCGACGACAUGCUACAUAGUUUCUCGCGCGAUUUUGGGUUAUCUGAAUACAGUAUCAAUUAAACGUUCAUUACCUCCGACUAUCAUGCCGUUGCUAAACAUGCUCAAGUCAAUUCCCAACGCCGCCAGUUACAUCGAGUCCCUUCGAAAGGAACUCUCAACUACGAACGACUUACUUGCUCUCUUGGACCUCUCACCAGACGAGGUGCAUGCUAUUGUUGCUACUAAGUACAGGGAAGAAAGACAGGUUCCGAGCCCGAUGACAGAUGGCUCGCAGAAGCCGAACAAGAAAUGCGAAGGCAACACGAUGUCAACGCCAAUGUCUAGCUUGGAAAGAAAUCCUCGAGGCUCUUGUCACCUAACAAUUCCUUCAACCUGCUCUCGUUACUCGCUACGUCGCUGUUAUCCAACAAACGGACUUUCUUGAUGCUUCGCUCUUUGUCUGCUUGUGCCAACGUUUCAUUCUUUAGCUGUUCUUCUUCUGGAUCCGUCUCUUCACCCCAUAACUUGCCAUUAUUUGCCACACGCCGACUUGUCAACCACUCAGGAUGCUUUUCAAUAAGCUCCGGCUUGACCAUCCACUCUCGAACUCGAAUCUUCACACUCUUGGUCUUAGGCGGCACAGCGUCUGUAAUCUCAGUACCGCGAAUACGAUUUGUGGCCGACUUGACUUUAUCCGGGUUAGGAUUGGCAAUCCCAUCUAUGGUGGUAUACAAAGUUCUCAGCUGCAAGGGUGAUAUUCAUCAAAGCUGUAAUGUGAAAAUGAUUCGCAUGGUUUACCUCCUCACUGCGCCAAUCUGGGGCACGCAAGACAUACUGCUUUGGACAUCCUGGCUCUGGCGUCGGGUCGUCCUCAUUUUCAGACAUUGCAGUCAAAGUAAAUGCGGCGUCGUAUUUGGGAUCGGUAUACUGGCCGGCAAAUGGUCUCUUGCGCAAGCGUUGGUCGAGAAUCUGUAAAGUCUUAUAGCCCUCCUUAUCGCCUCGUUCCACGUCCCAGGCUCUGCUUGCUCAAUGUUCGUAGUGUUCCCAGGCUCGCUGUUCCCAUGCUCAUCUCCAUCACCUGCUCCUACCUCUGGAUUUGUACUCGGAGCUCCCUCUUCGGUUGAUGCUACUCCUGCGACCUCGUGUGCCCUGCGCUUGCGGCUCUGUCUUGUUUGUGCAUCUGGACACCUGUUAAACUUGCCUCUCAUGCGGUCAAAUUUUCCAUUGAUGCGAGUGCGUAAGUCGUGGUCUGUAAUAUUUGCAAGAUCCGUCGCGACAAGCGGAUCGAAAGUGACACCCUGUGUUUGUACCGUUGCGAGGUCAACAUCUAUGUUCUUGCGAUUAACAGGCCACGCUUCAGAAGUCUCAUCAGGAUUGGAAGGGUAUGGUGGUAGGCUUUUUUUGUCGAGUUUUGUGCCCAUGAGCAGGUCCGUCGUUUGGGGAGAAUGCGUAACGGGUGUUCCGACAGCAGCACCACCUUCCUCUGAUCUGUUGGGCAAUCGACCACCUGGUGCCGCUUCCGCAAGACUACUCUGCGCUAUUCCCAUCAUAGCGGCAUUCGUCUCACCCAACUGCAUUCGUGUGCCUGUACUCGAAGAAGUUUCUACCCCAAGUAACGACUCAAGAUAUUCGACACGAUCGCUCGCAAGUCGCAGCUGCCCGCGCGUCAAGUUCAUGCUCCCCGGCACUUUUCAACUUCUCGAGUUCCAUCACGACGGCUUGGAGCUGGUUUGAUUGAGGUGUGCGACCCGGAGUUGCCAUGAGGGAUACAGUGCGAGGGCAGACGUCGGAAGACGAUGGAUUGGUUUGGAUAUGUGCUUUUGGGUGAAGAUGGUAGUUACAGUGGUCGCCGUUGCGUUCCCGUAGUUUCAAGGGGGUCUAUAGACUCAAUUUAAUGUUUUGCGCAAUGUUAAAAAGCAUAUCACUUGAGGAAUUGUGCCCAAUAUAGAUAAAUC